AUGGGGCGGUUGUUUGCGGUGGACGCCGCGGCGGCCUCGUCGGCCGCGGCCGCGGCGGCGCUGAACGGCGCGGUGGACUGGUGGAAAGACGUGAACGACUCGCCGAUGUGGCAGGACCGCAUCUUCCACGCCCUCGCCGUGCUCUACGGCAUCGUCUCCGUCGUCGCGCUUGUCCAAUUGAUCAGAAUCGAGUGUAGGGUGCCCGAGUACGGGUGGACGACGCAGAAGGUGUUCCAUUUCCUUAACUUCAUCGUGAAUGGCGUGCGGGCUAUCGUAUUUGUGCUGCGGCGAAACGUGCAGCUGAUACAACCAGAGAUACUUCAACAUGUGGUUCUUGACAUGCCUGGGCUUGCGUUCUUCACUACAUACGCGCUUUUGGUGCUAUUCUGGGCCGAGAUUUACUAUCAGGCACGUGCGAUGUCGACUGAUGGGCUGAGGCCAACUUUCUAUUGGAUCAAUGGGGUGGUGUAUGCAAUUCAGAUAAUUCUGUGGUUGGUUUUGUGGUGGAAACCAGUUCGAAUCAUGGUCAUAUUGUCCAAGAUGUUCUUUGCAGGCGUAUCACUGUUUGCAGCUUUUGGGUUCCUUCUGUAUGGUGGGAGGCUAUUCCUCAUGUUGCAACGUUUUCCCGUAGAAUCAAAAGGAAGACGGAAGAAAUUGCAGGAGGUUGGCUAUGUCACUACCAUCUGCUUUACUUGUUUCUUGAUCAGAUGUGUCAUGAUGUGUCUCAAUGCAUUUGAUAAAGCAGCUGAUCUUGAUGUUCUGAGCCAUCCGAUUCUGAAUUUCUUUUAUUACCUGCUGGUCGAGAUCGUACCUUCAGCUAUGGUUCUGUUUAUACUAAGGAAACUGCCCCCAAAACGUGGGAUCACGCAGUACCAUCCUAUCCAUUAG